AUGGCACCUAAGAAACUGGUGUCAGCGACCACCACCACCUUCUCUCAUACCUUUUGUGCAGAAAAUCCAGGGAAGUUGGAUGAGGUCUAUAGUGUGGAGAAGAAACCUCUCGGCGAGGGUUCCUACGGUCAGGUGAUGAAGGGAACGCAUAAGGACACUGGCGCAGUCCGCGCAAUUAAGGCGAUUAAUCGACACAAGAUCUCGGACCCCGCGCGGUUUCAGGUGGAGGUGGAUAUUCAAUCAUCACUGGACCAUCCGAACAUCGUCAAGCUAUAUGAGGUUUUCCAGGACGCCAAGCGCUUCUAUUUGGUGAUGGAGUUAUGUACCGGUGGGGAACUCUUUGAACGCAUCGUGGCCGAGUCCGAGAAGCACGACGGGGCCCGUGCCUUCGAUGAGAGGGGUGCGGCCACCUACAUGCAGCAGAUCUUGGGGGCCAUGAGCUAUCUCCACAAGAACAACUUCGUACAUCGCGACAUCAAACCGGAGAACUUCCUUAUGCAAAACAACCAGGAUAAUGCGGAGAUCAAGGUUAUCGAUUUCGGAUUGGCAAAACACUACAUCCCAGGAACAGGGGCUAGCAUGAAGACACGUGCUGGAACACCCUACUAUGUCGCACCGCAAGUCUUGGCAGGUGCGUACGAUGAGAAGUGCGAUAUUUGGAGCUGCGGCGUCAUAUGUUACAUCCUCCUUUGCGGCUAUCCUCCCUUUUAUGGUGAGAAGGACAAGGAAAUCCUGGCGCGGGUGAAGAAAGGAGAAGUGAAGUUUGAUCCUGCAGACUGGUCAGACGUCUCUAGUGAUGCCAUCGAUUUCAUCAAGUUGAUGCUGACCUACGAUCCCAACACCCGUCCCAGUGCUGGGGACCUCCUGACCCACAAGUGGCUUACGGCCUCGGCUACGGCACCUGUGGGCAGAGUGGCCAAGGACUUGGGGCACAAGCUGAAACGAUUCCAAAGCAAUUCGAGGAUGAAGAAGGUGGCGCUCACACUGAUUGCCCAGCAGCUGAAAGAUGACGACUUGAAGGAGUUGCGAGAGACUUUCAUCCAACUGGACAAGAACAGAGACGGAACCUUGAGCUUGGAGGAGAUUCAAAGUGGCAUGAAGAUGGCCAAGGCGGACCUCCCAGACGACAUCGUGGAGAUCGUGAAGAACUUGGACACCGAUGGAUCCGGCAACAUUGACUACACGGAGUUCAUGGCCGCUACGUUGACCAAGAAACAAUAUCUCAGGCGCGAAGUCAUGUGGGCCGCCUUCCGGGUCUUUGAUACCAAUGGAGAUGGCGUGAUCACUAAAGAUGAACUCGCCAAGAUUCUUAAGGAAGAGGACAACAUGGCCAUUGUGGAGAAGAUGGUGGCAGAUGUCGACCUAGAUAGUAAUGGAGAGAUCAGUUUCGAUGAGUUUUGUACCAUGAUGGAGAAGGACUCAGCCGGAAUCCUGGGCGGAGCGGCCAUGGGGGCCGAAGCCCUGGUGGCCCCCGUGGCCACGGCUACGGCAGCUGCAGCCUCUCCCUGUGGCACCCCUGCGAACCUGGCAGGCCGUGGCAUGGGCUUCGUGUGUUGCAGCAAUGGGCCAAAACGUCAGGAGGCUUGUGUUGCUGAUGCUGGCCUUCACUUGGGACAGGUUGCUGAAGCCGUCUUGCAAGGGGCUUGGCACGUCUCCUCCUUCUUGGGCCGACAGCUGCAGCAUGCUGCUGAAGCGGCAAAGCCUCAUGUGGUCUCCCUGGCCACCGGGGCAGUGGAGAAAUUGAAGUCUAGCAUGGAAAGGAAGAGCCCGAGCCAAAGCCUACCCAAGCCCACCAGCUCUACUUGGGAGGCCAAUAGCCGUGCGGCCGACAGCCGUGCCGACAGCCGCGCUGACAGCCGGGCCCGGCCCGCAGUGACGCCACUGGAUCUCUCGGACUACGACGUGUGCUCGGAGUCAGGUUUCACAUCGUGCAGGACCACCUGCCCUCCCAGCCGGGCCAUCGACAGGACUCUGCCGGCCUUGGGAAGCUUUCCAGGCGCAGGCUACGACCUCAGCAGAGAUGCCCAACUGCGGUACUCGCUGAACGAUGGCGUGCCACCUCAGGUAUUGUUCCAGACCCAGGUGCCCCAGAGUCCUUUCCCUGCACCAAUUGCGGCACCAAGAGCGGCUCAGUCCUUCAACGUGCAGUCCCUGCCAGGGGCGCAGUCCUUUAACACUGUAUUUCCUCAAGCUCAAUCCUUCCCAGCGCUGCAGCAAAUCCAAUCGUUCGAUAUGAGGGCGCCAGUGGGUUUCCCAGCGCUGCAGCAUAUCCAAUCUUUUGAUGUGAUGGCACCAGGCAGCAGCACGGCAGCAUACCACCACGUGCCACAGGCCAAGAUUCUCCGAACAACCUUGGGUGAAAAACGGCCCUUCACUGGGACGCGGGGUCCACUGAUUUCACGUCCAGCUGAGCCAUCUGAAUCAGCU